AACAAAAUAGAAACAACAAAAACAGAAAAUAACUUCAUCAAACGAAUCGAGAAAAAGGGAAUAAUUUCAAACAAACCAGAAAUAUCGCGAACCAAAGGAUAGCCACUUCCAACAAGUCCUCUCGGCAGUAGAUGAAGGAAGCAUCAUCUACCAGUCCAUCAGAAGCAACAGCCGGCGAAGAAGAAGCGGACAGGGUGCAAAGAUGUCACGCAAUAAAGACAAAUACGAAAGCAGCAACAACCGGCGACAGCAGACGUUUCUGACCGCCGAGGACAUUGCCGCCGGAAAGAAGACCUGCUGGCAGGGCAUCGAGAUAACGGGCAGCGUUCGCAACCUCAGCCCGACGCUGUGGAAGUUCGAGCACCUGACCGCCCUGUAUCUGAACGACAACUCUCUGACGCGCCUGCCGCACCAGAUCGGCCAGCUGGCCAAGCUGCGGACGCUCGAUCUGUCCGCGAACAAGCUGCGCAGUCUGCCGGCCGAGCUCGGCGAGCUAAUACAGCUACGGGAGCUGCUGCUCAACAACAACUACCUUCGGGUGCUGCCGUACGAGCUGGGCAAGCUGUUUAACCUGCACGUCCUGGGACUGCACGGUAACCCGCUUGGCAAGGAUGUGCUGUCGAUCUACAAUGAACCGAAUGGAACGUCCAAGCUGCUGACCUACAUGCUGGAUAAUCUAUCAGUCACAGUAGCUCCGCCACCCCAGCGUCCCUGGAUUCCGCUGGCCCGUCCCAAUCGUACCCGCGGUGCAUGUAUAUUCACGGUCAUGUGCUACAACGUGCUGUGCGAUAAGUAUGCGACGCGACAAAUGUACGGCUACUGUCCCAGCUGGGCCCUGACGUGGGAGUACAGGAAAAAGGCCAUUCUCGACGAAAUACGACAUUACUCCGCGGACAUCAUCAGUCUGCAGGAGGUGGAGACGGACCAGUUCUUCAACUUCUUCAAGCCGGAGCUGAAGAUCGAUGGCUACGAGGGUAUCUUUUCGCCGAAAUCGCGCGCCAAAACGAUGUCGGAAGCGGACCGAAAGUACGUCGACGGGUGCGCGAUCUUCUUCCGCUCGUCAAAGUUUUCGCUGAUCAAGGAGCAUCUGGUCGAGUUCAAUCAGCUCGCGAUGGCGAAUGCGGAGGGCUCGGAUAACAUGCUGAACCGCGUCAUGCCGAAGGACAACAUCGGGCUGGCGGCGCUGCUGAAGGUGAAGGAGGGCGCGUGGGAGAGCGUCUCGCCGGAGGCGGCCCAGAUCUCGCAGCCGAUCCUGGUGUGCACGGCGCACAUCCACUGGGAUCCGGAGUUCUGCGACGUGAAGCUCAUCCAGACGAUGAUGCUCAGCAACGAGAUCAAGACAAUACUGGACGAGGCCGGGCUCAGCUUCCGGCCGGGACACAAGUUCGAUGUAAAUAACGUGCAGCUGGUGCUGUGCGGCGAUUUUAACUCGCUGCCGGACUCGGGUGUGAUUGAGUUUCUAAGUGCCGGGCGUGUAUCCAUGGACCAUCAAGAUUUCAAGGAGCUGGGCUACAAAUCCUGCCUGCAGCGUAUAUCAAAUUGUGAUACACCAAAUGAAUUUACUCAUUCCUUUAAGCUAGCGUCAGCGUACAGUGAAGAUAUAAUGCCAUAUACAAAUUAUACAUUCGAAUUUAAAGGUAUUAUCGACUACAUAUUCUACUCGAAGCAGGGCAUGGUGCCGCUCGGGCUGCUCGGGCCGAUCUCGACCGAGUGGCUGCGGGACAACAAGGUAGUCGGAUGUCCCCAUCCGCACAUACCGUCCGAUCACUUCCCGCUGCUCGUCGAGCUCGAGCUGAUCCACAUGCCGUCGGCGGGCGCCCAGCCACCGAACGGACUGCUCGGUCGAAGGUAGCAAUAAAAUGGCCACGCUCCCACCCUCUCCAACCCUUCCCGGACACGCGGGCAGGAGGCAGUAGGCAGUGACGACACAAGCAACAACCUGACUGCAUAGUACCACCACCACCACCAUUACAACAACCACCACUCUUAUCACCACCACCCAGCCGCAGCAUUCAUCGUACUGUAAGCGCAUCCUACAUUGUAAAAACAGAACAAAAAUGGAGGAAGAGCGUUAAGCGAAAGGACAUUCACAUGAGAGAGAGGACGACCCGGCGAUAUUGGCGCUCAGCUGAGUCGCGUAGUGGUCCAAUUACCUAGGGCCCGGCACUUCAGAGCCAUCAACUCGCUGGAUAAGUGAACGGUUGGACAAGUUGGAACAGUUGAGGAUUUUUUUUUAAUACAGAACUUCAACCAACUGUUCCCGUAACACCACCACAACAUACACACACACACACACGCAAACAACACCCACCAUUGUCCGCACGCUUGCAUCUGAGGCCGUGUUUAGAGAUUCACAAACAAGCAACACCAUCGAUGCAAGCGAACUCCUUAGUGAAACGAAUAUCUAAACCAAAAUAAUAAUGCUGCGUAAGCUGAUAGUCUACUGAAACACCACACAACUGCGGAAUAGCGAAUCAAACUAAACGAAAUAUGGAUAUGGUUUAAAGGAAAUCCGGCGACACGAUGUUGAGUUUAUGGCAAAGGCGUAAUCUAGUAAAAUGCAACGUGGAGAGAUUAUAAGUCACGACACGACAAGGAAAUUCACAGGCAAGCAAGCUUCCUUGGCGAUGAAGAUGUAGGAAAAGUAAAAUGGGAACGAAACAUUCAAACAUCAUGGAAAAGAGAGUUAUUUAAAACCUCCAACAACGUGUAAUGGAAAACAAAUUACAAAAAUAGGAAAGGAGUAAGAUAACAGAAAUAACAACCAUCCACAAUACACUCUACAUACACACACGCACUCACUUGCAAUAAAAAGUAAAGACUACGGUCGAGAGCAGAGAGCGGGGGAUGGAAUCCUCCUUGACAUAACCCCGAAACAAUAUGAAACAGGUUCGAAUCUCAGCUUUAAACGAAACAAAGCGCGCACCGUUGCAAGGCAAUGCGAGAGAGCAUCCACAACACCCGCCGGGGCGGUUUUACGUCGCGGUAAUUAUCUAAUACUGUCCACGGACUCUAUCGCAAAACGCAUCGGGCACCGGAAGAUCGUUUGCUGAUGCUGGCUAAUGUAACGUGAAAAAUCUUCCUUCAGUUGUACCCUCCCAUUUAUUGCUUUUGAAACUGCGACCCUUGUAACUGUAAAACCCUCUCCCUUACUUUAUUUCUUUUUUACCAAUCCUCCCCCGACUUCUGAAUAAUUUUAUUGCUUAGAGCCGAGACUUUCUUUCUAUCCUCCUCUCCGUCUUCUAGUAAAUUUUAUCGCUUAAAGCCGAGACAAGAACCGAAAGGAUUGAUUGUGAAAUUAGUAGAUCGUGAGGAUAGUAACAGUGCAGAAGCAACAGUGUAACACAACAGUUGUUCGCAAUGGACAUGAUGUAAAAUGUUUUUUUUUAAAUGCAAUUUUUAUGCGCUCGCUCUUUUAUAUUGUCUUCGUUUUCCUCGAGUCUCUUUCCGUAAAGAGCUGAUUUUUUUACUAUGACGUGUCAAUUGUUUUUUUUAUUUUGUUACUAAAAAACAGCUCGUGUGAGAAGGCAUAUGCAACGGGAAAAGCUUUAUCUGUUAUUUUUACCUUAAGUACCACACCACAUAUAACGAUAGAAUGAGAACGACACGCGACAGAAGAAAAACAUUACAGAACGCUAAUAAUGAGAUGCAUUUUUUUCUUUUUCUUCUUUUCACAUCUGAUGAUAAUGUAUGAUUUUAUACCUACGUCACAUGAACAAAGAGAUUGUGCUAUUGAAUAGGAUUUUUCUGACAUGAGUAAUGUAAGGGAGUCUUGCGAGAGCGAACGGGCUAGUAAGAUUAGUUCCAAUUUUAGUAACAGCAACAACAGCAGCAGAUGUUAAAAAGGCAUAAAACAUGAAAAUAUUGUACAUUCGCGUAGGUGAGAACGAACGAGCGAUCGAAUUAAGCUGAUUAAACAAGCAGAUGUUGGUAGCGGGAAACUGACAAAGUAAAAUUUAAAUCACUUUUGAGAGCAAGAUAAAACAGAUAUAGUGAUGCAGAAGAGUGAAAGCCGUGCAACAUAGAGCGAAGCGAAUGAACGGAAGGACAAAAUCUUGGGUGAGAAUGAGGACGGACGGAAGAAAGGUCGAUGGAAAUUGUAGAAAAAGUAUAUCCGUAGUAUUGUAAGGAAUGAAUAUAGAUGUAAUAAACAAACAAACCGAUGGAGAUGCCGAGUCGCUGGCGGGGGAGGGUGUGGAACAACAUCAAGAGUGUGAAUGCGCUCAAUGCGACUGAUUCAAAGAUAGGUUACAAACAGGUUAGGGACACGGUUAAGUGCCAGCACUCGUGCACAGCAAAAUUGGAACGGAGUGUAUUAGGCAAAAUGGGUUUUAGCUUGCAAACGUUCCCGAUUCACAGCAAAUGAUUCCGGUUGCAAUGCGAAAUCUUCUUCACGAGGAAACCAAUUCAGCCUGAAAUCCAUUGAAUCAACUUAACACUAGAAUGCAUUGGUUUGAAAUCUUGCCCGAAUGCUUUUGGCAGUCAUUUUGACCGCUCGAUUUAAUGCGCUACAACUUCGUAAUUUUUGAAGAUUUUUCAAAUCCGUAAACGGUUACUUUUUAGUAUAUUUGUUGGC